AUGGAUUUAAUCGACAUGAAUUAUCAUUUGUUAUUGGAUCAGAAUAAACAAUUUCAACAACAGAUUGAAGAGAAAACAAAAAUCAAUCAAAAUCUUCAAUUACAAAUAAUCAAUCAAGAUGAAGAGAUUAAAAAACUUCGUUCACAAAUACAAAUGUUGGAACAAUUGAAUUGCGAGAAAUCAUUACGUUUGGAUGAAUUGACCAUGAAAAUGAAUAAUAAUAAAAAUAAUAAUACGGUCAACAGAAAUCCAAAAUCAUUAAAAACAAAUAAAAACAAAAAAUCUAUCACAGGUAAAAAGGCCAAAGUUUGGAUCAAACGUGGUUCUAGACAACGUAAACAACGUCUGAACAAAUCAUAUGAUAAUGAUUCAAAAUCAACACCGUCUAACACUAAUGAUGAUGAUGGUUUUAAAUGUUCCAUUUGUGGCCAGUUAUUCAUGCAGAAACAUUCUUUUCAAAAUCAUGAAAAAUUUCAUAAUGAUAAUAAUAAAAAAUUGAAUCCAUAUCCAUGUGAUCUUUGUACGAAAAGUUUUCCUACUAAAUAUCAACUUGAUCGUCAUCGGAAAAUACAUUCGAAAAAUUGUAACAAAACAACUUGUAAAUAUCAAUGUGAAAUCUGUAGUAAUAGAUUUGAUCAUGAAAAUGACCUAGUCGAUCAUCAACGUGAAAUUCAUAACGACAAUAUGACAUCUAACUUUGAUGACCAAUCAACAUCAUCGUCAUCAUUGUCGUUGGUCACAGAGAAAAUUAACAACUCGGAAAUAUCCACUGCAAUUGUUACGACAACCACAACAAAAGUAAAUGAAAUUGUUCAACAACAAUCCAUUCAUGAAUCAACAAUAUCGAAUUCAUUGGUUGAUUCUGAUUCAAAUGAAAAUAAUUUCAUAUCUUCAUCACAACCAUUGAUACAAUUACAAUUGCUGCCAACAUCAUCAUCAACCACCACCACCAUACAACAUUCGCAUCAAGUCGUAUCGAUGCCUCCGGAAUCACAACAAUUGACCAUUCUUGAACCUGUAGUAUCGGAUUUUCAAAAUUCAAAUCAAAACAAUUACUCACAAUCAGAAAUUUUGUGCCAAAAUCAAUCAUCUUAUUAUUUAAUCGAUAAUAAUCUGAAUAAUGAUUCAUUGCCGUCUGAACCAUCACCACAAUGCAAUUAUCCACCAUCGACAUCCACUACAGAUGCAAUUGUUUCAUGGUCAAAUUUUUAGAGAAAAAAAAUUUCAAAAAUGCAAUUUUUUUUUACUGUUUUUUUAUUGUU